UCAUGACCUUUCGGAUGUUUACCUUGUACCUGGCUGCCUACAGUGUUUGGUGGAUGGACCUUGCAGCAACCACCAAGCUGCCAGGAUGUCACCUGACCAAACAAAAAGUGAGACUGGAGAAAGAAGGAUGUUUCUCUUGUCACCUAGUGGAGACUACCAUCUGUACUGGAUAUUGCGCCACAAAUUACCCGAUCUCCUACGAUAUGCCCAUUGAAGUGCCUAACGUUUGUAUGUACGAGCAUGAAUACCACCAACAAUACGAGCUGUCUGACUGCCUUCCAGGCGUAGACCCUAUGGUCAAGUACCCAGUGGCGCUGAAAUGUAAAUGCGCUGCCUGCUCCAUCCUCACAUCCAACUGUAACGAAGCACCCAUGGAACACGUCAAAUCUGACUUUUGUUCACAGAUGUCAGCCAAGUAACAUGAGACAUUUACAUCAACUUAUGUGGUAUUUUGACAUUGUAGAAUAGAAUGGAAUAGAAUAGAAAGCCUUUAUUGCCAUUUUACGACGUGGUUUCAAGCUUUGUUAUAAUGUGCACCACAUAAAACAAGCAAUAGGACAAUAAGGCUAAUAUAAAAACACAAGCUACAGUGUACACAUAUUGGGAAUAAAGUGAAUAAGGGACUAGCAGCAAGUGGUGAUGUAGUUGUAAUAUAACAGUGUGUAUGU